GUAGUAUCCUUGAUCCACAGUACUUUUCGGUACAAGCAUCUGAAAUGUGUUUCGCAACCGUGUGAUACGCAAUGUGCAGCACAAUCCAAGCAGAAUUGAGAGUAUGGCACAAGGAAUUCAUGUUGAUUUAAUCAUGCACAAUAUCAGAUUCUGUUGCUUGUUGUUCAUCCAGUGUCAACCCAUGGUGUAUAUCGACUGGUUGCGCUACGCCAUACUUAUCUUCCUCAACUGUUCGCUUACGAGACAGUGUCACCAAAUUCACCCCACAAUCCAGAUUGUGUCAGUGACCUACCAGAAUGCACCUAUGGACUUAAGCAGCUGCAAAUAACUCAAACGCCAUUGCAGAUGUUGAUGAACUUAGACGGCACAGCAUCACAGAGUUGGUGUGCAAAGCUAACGGAUUAUGGUCGUGGUGUAUACGGACCAUACUCUGCUGACACUUUUGAGUCCAUGGACUUGGGAACUACCAAUGUUUUCAUCCUGAGGCGGCCAUUUGGUGACAUCCCAGUGUUCUGGUACAAAAUAAGAAACAUCACAAGACCAGAAGCGGUUGCCACUAUCAAUGCUUGGAAGACCUCUACCAUCAAAGGUCUUGAUGUGAAUGCAACCAUAAAAGGAUACAGUUCUGUCAAACUUUAUUCUGAGAGACUCCUCGAGUGUGCGAGAUUUACAAUUACAGUAUCCCGCGGUAAACAGGUUCCCGUCAAGGAUAGAGUGAUACGUCUAUUGAAAAACCAAGCUCUCAUUUCCAAUGGUGACCAGUCGGUUAAGCUGUAUCUGUUCAGGAAUGCUACAUCGCAGCAAGAUGUGGCCUAUGUGUGUUUCCUUUACCCGGAGGAAAGCCGUACAUCUGGCACCUAUCACUUAACAGUGAACUAUCUCAAUCAGCAUACCACUUACUCUCACGUGGAGCAAACAGUGCUCCACUCGUUCAAUGUUACUGUCACGCAAGAAGAGCCUCCAACAAUAGAGGGAAAAACCAGCACCAUUCCGCCAGUGGAUUUCCCACUUCUACGUCGUGAGUGUACAGAUUGGGCCGAUUUAUCAGACAAUAUGCAUGCCCUUGAUAUAUACUAUGGCCCCAAGCUGGCUGGCUUGAAUUACACUGCAGCUCAUCAAUUUUGCUCCAGCCAAGGCAUGCGCUUACCUCUAGCCACUGAGAUGCGUUGUGCGAACCAAUUCAUGACUGAAACGUAUGGCAGUGCAAGCCUUAGUUGGAUUGAGACACCGGAAGUGACUACUCGCGCAAUCGUAAGCCAACUCCUCGAAAACCAACUCCUCGGUAAACAACUCCAGUAUAUGCCGUUCUCAACACAGUUGAAGAUGGUAGCCUGCGCCAAGCCAUUCAAUUCUCUGCCAGAGUGUCAAUGAGAGGAAUCUGGCGCAUAAAGCUAAACAGGCUAGCCCCGGAUAGCACCAGGUACCAGCCGGAGGCUCUACGGUUCACUACUGAACUUCUGCAUGACCACGGUCCUGUGCCUUGCCCAAUAAUGGCAAUAUCGUCGAAAUGUGCUACCAGGUGCUGAUUCCCUGAGAGUGACCUUCUUCUGUUCAUUUAUUUAAUUUAUACAUUUUUGUGAUAUAAUAUUAUUUAAGGCACCAUUAGCGCCGCCACUAUUCUCUUGAUGAUUACAAGAUAGCUUUUGGGGGGCAUGUUCAGUUGUUAUGGAUCCCCUUGCCAAUGCCACGGACACUGUCAAUGCUUAGAUCUCUGCAUCCGUUUCUUUACCUACCUGCCUCUAUCUAUCUGUCUUAUUCUACAUGUCUCUAUCUACCUCUACUAUCAUCUUUGUUUUCCAAGCAACUUGCAACUACAUUGUGCAUUCAUUCGCUCAAGCUCUCUACUUUAACUUGUUAAUUAGUUUUAAUUGUAGUUUUUCUCUAUCUAUUCACCGAUCUCUGGCUCGGUCACCGUCUAGCUGUGUCGGUAUGUCUCUCUGUCUGUCUGUCUGUCUGUCUGUCUGUCUGUCUUUCUAUCUGUCUCUGUCUUUCUUUCUGUCUCAGUCUCUGUCUCUCUAUCUAUCUCUCUCUCUCUCUCUCUCUCUCUCUCUCUCUCUCUCUCUCUCUCUCUCUCUCUCUCUCUCUCUCUCUCUCUCUCUCUCUCUCUCUC